ACUAAUAGAAUAUGAAAACACAAAGUUUGAAGAUUCAGUAGUUACAUAAAUGUAAUUAGCUAUCUGUGUAGUCGGUGGAGUUGAGACGCAUCGAGACGUUGCCGACGUUACGUCACUGCCUUCAAACAAUAUGGCAGUAUCAGGUUAUCGAAUUCGUGGCCUGAGCUAUCACGGUUCCAAUCACAUCUGUAUCUAAGCUCCGUGCACAAUCAAUUAUUGCAAGACUGGACGCAAUAUGAUCGGCGUACAUAGUACGGGACCUCACUCCGACCAACCGCUCCUAUAUGACGAUAAAUGUGAAAUGCUGUGCUUUUUACUUAUUUUUAUGUUUGGGGUUGGCAUUUGUUUCCAGUCUCAUUCAUAUUAUGAUCACGGUAAGAACACCAAACUGAAAUCAGCUAGUGUACAGUCGGAAGAAAGUAAUUUUUGGAAUGCGGGAGAUAUACCAACACUCAACAGAAAGGUUUUCAAGGGCAUGCGUGUGACAAUCCGGGAACAUCCGUACAUAGCGAGUGUAAGGCGAUGCAUAAUGCACUAUACGGUGGCGACUGUGCUUACUAAAAACUUGUUCGUCACUGUGGCACAUCCUUUGAUCGAUGUCCCACUGGAUCAGUUGGGAAUAGUGGUGGGUGAAAACUACGCGGACCGAGGCGCCACGAUGCUGACGGUAGUGCUAAUGAUCGUUCACGAGGCCUUCGACAGGUACACCUUGGCAGCCGAUAUCGCCCUGCUAAGGGUCUUCCAAGAUUUGACUUUCAGGUGUUCAGUGAAGUUUAUUCAGCUGGUACAUCCGAUGACUCAACUGAAUAAAAAACGAGCGUUCGUCACGGGUUGGGGGCGCUGCGAUCGCACGGGUAGAGAGUUGUGCUUACCCCGGUCAGGCAAGUAUACGCCGGGCGAGAAGUUUGAUCCCAUGCUGAGAACCGUGUCGUUUAUAUUAAACCAGCCAAACCAAAACUGUGAAAGAUACAAACAAAACGGUGUUAUAUUGAAGGCGGGAAUGUUUUGCGCUGGUCCAUCUCGUCAGAAACAAGAAGUGGUGCCGUGUAUGGCUGUGCCGGGAGCUCCGAUGGUGGUGAAUGGGCAUCUGGCUGGCAUCCUCUCAUGGGGCUACGGCUGCGGCUACAACUACGACCUGCCCUUAGUCUACACCAGCACUCGACACUUUCAACCAUGGUUAAUCCACAACAUUCCGAUACUACGCCGAAUUUCUUCAAAUAACCUGACGUUUCUAUUUGAAGGUAAACGAGCGUAUAUAUUGUCAAAAUGGCUAAUGUUGACCAGGGUUGUGUCUCCUACACCUUUUCAAAUACCUAGGAAGCCUAUGGAGGUCAAGCCACUGGACAAAGUGCUCGCCACGCUGAGAGGACGUGUGUACGACAUUAGGGACUAUAUGUACGGUGGCAUUCAUCACAAAUACAAGAAAAGACUAUACGACAAGUUGAGAUCAAACAUGUAUAGAAAAAAGACCACGCUUGCGAAUUUCACGUAUAAUCCGCAAGGACCAAUUCUUGACCCGGAUUUUACAAUGACCGAGAAUACUAAAGUUACUGGGAUUUUAAACGUAGGUGACAAUGGUACUGACUCUGAAUAUGAUGACUAUAUUCCGUAG